AUGGGCGCCGAAACUCCCAAGUCCCCGCCUCGUAGCGAGGCAGCUCAAAAGACCCAGGACGCGCAGGACGACGAGCAGAUAGAACGAACCUUGAGCCAGCUCCAGAAUGGCGGUGAUUUAGGCAUAACUAUCGAUGACACGCCCUUCGACCAGUCUGGGAAAGCGGACGACGCCCAAGACUUUGAAGAUAUCAGCGAUGAUGACCUUCCGGAUGAAGAGGAAGGCAACGUCGCCACUUCCUUGUCCGUUCCAGGCCUCACCGAUGACGGAGGUACGAGUAACGACACCGAUGACCUGUUUGGUGAUGGCCCUUCCUCCCCGAUUGAGGCGCCUGGCCCUCCAUCACCAGCUCCUCACGUUCACGAUCUCGAUGAUGCCGAUGCGUCGCAAUACCGAGACAUCAAUUUCGACCCCGAGCCUGGCUACGAGGCCGCCAACCAGGAUCCCGAGAUUCCCGCACCCGCAGAGACUGCCGAAGAUCUAGUCAAACAAGCCUGGCCGACUUGGCAAAAGGGUGUCAUAUUGAAAUGGAACGAACUUCUGCCGCCCAAGAAGGCUCGAUGGAUCGAGAAGAAACCUGCCAAGAAGCCCAAGACGCUUAUGUUCUCUAAACUCACGUUGGAUCUGGCUGCCGACCAAGAGAAGCUCUUCCGCAUCCCCGGACCCGCCACUGUGACUCGGAAGCAACGCCGGAUUGACGACGACUCUAAAGGGCUUGUGACGUGCGCCUGGCAGGAAUCCUCGGAUGAGGCUGAGGCGGAAGAAUUCAAUCUCGAGCAGGAGUCAGACUCGGAGGCAGUGGCUGGAUUCACACUUCAGGACAUUGAGAUGGUGUGCGAUGACUGGUCCAUUCGCAUCGAGCAGGCCGAGCAAGACUUCAAUAACCAGCAGGCCCAAGAAGCAGCGGCCGAGGCCGCAGCAGCAGCAUCUCUCAAGCGCGCUCAUGAUGAUGCCUUCGACUUCGACUGGGAGGCGGAGUUCCUUGAAGACGAAGAACCAAAGCCGCAGCCACGGAAGAAGACGCGUCCUCCGCCGCCAAAGGGUCUACCCGAAAUCCCUCGAUUCACGGCACCUUCCUUCGACUCCUUCGAGGAUGUGACCAAGCGCGCAUCCAAGCGUGUUAUUCUUGACCUGAACGACCCUUACCUAAUCUUGGAAGAAGCCGAAUCACAGCGCGGCCCCAAACGCCAGCGUGUUGAGCACAAGAUGACGCGUAUGGCCAAUGGCCACAUGAGACCUGACUUGUCAUCUCGCUUCAACAUGUCCAACGACGAUGCGUACGAGGCGCUCAAGGAGAAUCAUCAGCACAAGGUCAGAGCGACUCUGGGCAACCUUGCUGUUGAGCACAGCAUGCCGGCUCUCAAACUCGCAUGGCCCUUCUACAAGGUUAAGCUGGACAUUCGCAGAGAUGGUUUCCAUCGUCCUCACUUCAAGUUCGGCAAACAUGAGCGUCAGACGAUCAGGUUCAGCAAGCUGGGCUUCCACAAGCGCAAGACGAUGAAGGGCAAGGCACACGAAGUCUUCAGAACGACCAAGGAUUUGGGCAUCACGGACAACUCUACAGCAGUACUAUUCGAGUAUUGCGAGAGAACACCCCCAGUACUCUCCAACUUUGGUAUGGGAAACCGUGUCAUCAACUACUACCGCAAAAAGAAGGUGGACGACGAGGAGACACCACCGAAGAUGGACAUUGGCGAGUCACACGUUCUGCUGCCCGAGGACAGGUCACCAUUCGCCAUCUUCGGCGAAGUCGAAGUUGGGCAGACAAUGCCCACUCUGCACAAUCAAAUGUAUCGGGCACCCAUCUUCAAACACAAGCCGCGGUCCACCGAUUUCCUGUGCGUCCGGAGUUCAACGGGUGUCGAUGGAUCUAGCUGGUACCUGCACAAGAUCGAUCAUCUUUACGUGGUUGGCCAGACGUUCCCUUCCGUCGAGGUUCCGGGUCCUCACUCGAGGAAGGUUACCAAUGCCUCCAAAAACAGAAUCAAGAUGAUAUCAUACCGCAUGAUGAGAAGAAAUGAGUACAACUUGGUCAACCUAUCAGAGGUGACGAAGCACAUUGCCGAUAGCACGGAUGCCCAAAACAGGCAAAAGCUGAAGGAGUUCCUCGUCUACGCCAAGGUUGAGAAAGGCCUUUGGGGGUUGAGACCGAAUGAACAACUGAUGGAUGAAAAUUCCAUCCGUGCCAUGAUCAAGCCUGAAGACGUAUGCUUGAUUGACGGUAUGCAGCUUGGCAUGCAAAUGCUGGAAGAUGCAGGGUUCGACCCUAAUAACGUCAAUCUUGAGGAGGAGAACGAAGAACCUGCCGAGGAAGACGACGAGGAACGCACUGGCGCAGGCACCGCCAAGGGCAGCAAAAAGGCUGCUGAGAAGAACGAAGAGAAAUUGGCCGACAAGAUGGCGCCAUGGAAGACCAGUAAAGCCUUCAUUGAUGCGUGCGCUGGCAAGGCCAUGCUCAAGCUUCACGGACAGGGAGACCCGACUGGCCACGGCCUUGGUUUCAGUUUCAUUAGGACUUCAAUGAAGGGCGGCUAUAUCGAGACCGUCCAAAAGGGUGGUUCUCACACCACUGCGGCUGACGCCAUGGCAGCGCAUCCGGACACCCAGCGUAUGAAGAACGGACACGCUUACAACGUCAAAGAACAAGAACAAAUGUACAGAAAGGGCAUACGCGAAAUCUGGGACAAGCAAAAGUCUAGUCUGGAGGACGGCACAGAAAAAGACGAUGACCUUGUCGUCCCUCCGCCGCCAGAUGAAGACGACCGAUUCAAUCCUCAGAGAGCUCAGACCCCCGCGCACGCUGACGAAGGAAUGAGUCAAAUCACUGGCCUGACAACCUCCACAAGUCGGAACCAACGAAAGAAGCUCAAGAUUACCCGAGAGGUCCUCAACGAGCAUGGCGCAGUGGAGCAAAAGGUCAUCAUUAUUGAAGACCCUGUCAUUAUAGACCGAUACAUCAAGAGAAAGAAGGAGUUGGAGUUGGAGGAUUUCAAGUACGAACUCCCGCCACGGUUCCCUUGUCCCCACCCCCUUUCAGGUCUAUCCUUCAAUAUUCAUGCGUUCCCCGCUCACAUAAUCAUGUGUCUAGUAUCUACGAAGGACGACCCACCGGAGUCGCUGACGACGACCGACGUCGCCUGGUUGAGUACGCAAUAUCCUUCAGUAGAUGCUGAACACUUGAUUGACCACCUGACAGAAUUGAUAAGGAGCUCGAACGGCUCAACAGAAACAAGCAGCGCCGUAUCGGACGAGAGCAACAAAAAGGACUCCACCGAUCGAAGAGCGGGACCGACGCCGGGUCUCCCGAAGCAGACCGGGCUGCCACUGGUACUACCCGAAAGUGUGCCAAUUGUGGACAGGUCGGACACAUCAAGACCAACAAAAAGUAUUGCUCCCUUUCCUUUUCCUCUACCUCCCCGGCCAACCUCGGAUCUCAAGAGCAUGUUCAGACGUGGGGGAAACCUUCGGUUUGUUCUGCAACGCAAGUUCCUGCUCAAACGUCGGAGGAUGCCAGUUGGCUCCAAGGCAGCACCAACCGGGUUAAGGCAAACAAGCGACGAGCUGCACAAGCCUACGAGCCGCGAAUCUAUAAGCUCAAGGGCCAAGCAGCCAAGUGCGAAGGUGCCAGCGGCGUCCAAGGGACAGGCAAAAGAGCCCCCAAAACCCAAGCCCAAAAAGUACAAGUACAAUAGGUACACCCACAAGCCGUACUGGCACGACGGCACCGGCAAGAGCAGGGCUAUAUGA